AUGAAUCCUGUGAAACUGCGAUUUUACAUCGAGCGAUAUGAAAAAGAAAAAAAGCAUUUUCGACUGCAAGAAAAAUUCGUAGCUAUCGCUCGAACGAAACCUCUUACCGGUAAGUUUUACGCGAAACACGACGUGAUCCCGACAUCCGAGGUUCGUCAAGAGUACGUCGAUUUGAUCUCCAAACGACUGCUACUCACACCAAAGGAUAUUUACAAGUUUAAGCCGCCGACUGUAAAUAUGCAAUACGGUUGGUUUUCGGAACCCUUAAUACCUCCAACGAGCGAUCCAAGGUUACGUUUCCCCAAGAAACAAACGGAUUUCAUUGCAAAUGAACUUCGAAUACGUCAUAUCCAAAGAGGUUUACCGGCCGAGAAGUUUCUCGGGAUACCGUUCAAAGUUUAAAGCACGCGACUGCAA